AGCAACUACACAUGUUGUCUAUCACAACGUAAAAUUGGUGCAACUUUAUAUCACUAUUUUUGGCAAUAAUUUUGUGUUUACAUCUUAAAGUGAAAAAUGGGAAAGAAAGUAAAAAAGGAUGAGAAGCCCCCUCCAGAUGAUGUUUUUGACACUCUGGCUGUGGAGAGCAGAAAUGCAGGAACUGUUGUUCUAAUGCUAAGCAGCCCUGAGGAAGAUGUGCAAUCGAAAGCCUGUGAAGCCAUCUACAAGUUUGUCUCCAAAUGUGAUGAGAACAAGAAGCAGCUGCUGGACCUGGGAGCAGUGGAGCAUUUGCUGGCCUUGAUGCAGAGUGAAGAUAAGAUAGUGAGACGUAAUGCCUGCAUGGCUGUUGGGGUCAUGACUGCUCAUCCUGAGGUACGAAAAUAUUUGAGGAAGCAAGAAACAACUUUCCCAGCUCUUGUGAACCUUCUUGCACCAGACGAGGACACAGUUUGUCAUGAGUUCUCUGCCCUUGCCUUGUCCAAUAUGGCAACAGAGUUCAGCUCAAAGGCAGCCAUAUUUGAAAAUGGCGGAGUGGAGCCACUUAUUAGAUGUCUUGUUGCCAAUGACCCAGAUGUCCAGAAAAACAGCAUUGAAGCACUUGCACUGCUUCUCAUGGACUACCAGACACGGGCAGCAAUUCGCGAUCUCGAUGGGCUGAGCCCAAUGUUGGAGGUUCUUAAGUCUGACUAUGCCAUCAUACAGAAACUGGCUCUGCUCGCACUUGAGAGAGCUUCACAAGAUGGUGAGAACCGGUCGGCCUUAAGAGAACUUGAAGCCAUAUCCAAGCUGAUUGACUUUGUGGCGCACCCGGAGUGGAAUGACCUCCAUGUUAUGGCUGUAAUGGUACUCUCUAACCUUCUAGAGGACCUUGAAAGCCUUGAGCUGAUCAAGGAGACAGGGGGUCUAAAGCGUCUGGUGGCCCUCAUAACAGACCAGGUGCCCGUAGAUGAGGAACCAAAAGGAGGGAAGGGAGAUAAAGGGGACAAGGGUGGCAAGGGGUCAAGAAACGCAAAAAAGAGCGCCAAGGAAUCAGCAGCAAAAUGCAAUCAUGGGACAUCAGCCAAGAAACAGGAGUCUGCAGACAGUUCCGAGCCCCCAUCUGGAGAAGCAAUCAUCCCCACACUUCCCGAUGUCAAGAUGUGUGCCGCCAAGGCCAUCUGCAGGUCUGCCAGAAGUUCUGAGAACAGGAAGAUCCUUCAUGAGCAGGAAUCUGAGAAGAUGUUGAUCCACCUGCUGAGCCAUGAGUCAUUCGAGGUACAGGCUGCCGCGGCACAAGCUCUCGCUGUCAUGGCUGAAAACCUCGCCAGUAGGGACUCUGUCAGGGAGUGGGAGGGUUUAGGUCCACUCAUCAAGAUGCUGGGGUCGGAAAACCUCAGUGUGAAAGAGGCAGCAACCCUAGCCCUUGCAAAUCUCACAACUGCGAACUCCAACAACUGCCAGGAAAUUCAGACCCUGAAUGGUAUAGAACCACUGAUCACAUGCCUGGUUGAUGGUCGGGAGGAUGCAGUCGCCAAUGCUGCAUGUGUCCUCACAAACCUUGCUCAGAUUGAGACCCUACGUGUGGAUGCACAGAAUAAGGGCGUUGUCAGGGCACUUAUUGAGCCUUUGAGUUCAAGAAAUGUCACUGUUCAGAGCAAAGUGGCAUUAGCAGUGGCUGCAUUUGUCUGUGACUUUGACUCUAGAGAAAAUUUCCGCCAGUCUGACGGUAUUGCUCCGCUGAUAGGUCUAUUGAGCUCGGGAAAUGAUGAGGUUCGCAGGAACGCAGCCUGGGCUGUCACUGUGUGUGCAGUGGAUGAACCCACAGCCACCGAGAUCUGCAAACUUGGAGGAAUGGAGAUACUACAGGAGAUUCAGAUGUCAAGCACUCGUCGCAGUCCGUUUGCGGAAGCUGCCCUUCAGAAACUGCUUGACAACAACCUCUCAGCAAAAUAUGCCCUCACUGGCAACCUAAGCAGUACCAACUUUAUCGAGAAUGGUUUCUAUGACAUUGGCCAGCUGCGACCAGGAACCAAAUUCCUAACACUAGAAGAGUAUGCCAAACAGGAAAUGAAUGAGAAGAGACCAAUCAUUCUUAUCAAUGCCAAACCUGACCCUGCCUUCUCCCAGACCCAGUCACAGGCCGAGCUGGAUGCAAAACAAGAAAGCUCAAAAACCAGUGUCACCGGAAAAAACUCACGUACCGGGCGAGACUCAAAAACUGUAAUUCGGAAGAAUGAUUUUGAAGUUAAACGUGAAAAGCCACACUCCAGGGAAAGAAGCGGGUCAAAGAAGACCCGCAAACAGCAGGAGCGUGAGGAGAAACAACGCGAGGAAGAGCUCCAGGCCCAGCUGCAACGUGAAGCAGAAGCAAUAUCAGCGGCAGAAAACAAACCAUUUGAGGCCCCGUGUGACUCAACUCUGCUGAAGUACAUCGAGGAGGUCACAGAGAAGAUUCAGCCCCUCCCAACCACACGCGAACAGGUCAAGGCACUUGCUGGGUUUGUUGCGGAGAAAAUGGGCGGGAGUAUUGAGAGGGGUCAGCUUAGCAACUUUGGCUGGGAGCUGCCCAUUAGUCAGAUAAAGUAUGAGCUCAAGUCAAAUGUGGUUCCCCUCGGCAAAAUCAAGGCGGGCAUUCAUGUACAUAGGGCUCUACUAUUUAAGACAUUAGCUGACAAAAUCGCCGUAAGUUGUUCACUAGUUCGAGGAGAAUACAACCGGGCAUGGAAUGAAGUCUUGUUACCUGAGGAAGAAUAUUCACUGGAGGAUGUUUUGUUUGCUUUUAGUCCAACACCUGGUGCACCGAAGUUCCCGCCCAAAACAUACAUAGUUGACCUGAUACAUGAGCCCGGAUCAUUGCUACGUGUGGAUACUCCUGAGGCACAGACUUACAAGAAAAUCUAGCAACAAUGUGACAAUAGACUAUAGAUAAUAUAUUAAAAUAAAUAAAAUACAUAAAAGCAUUUUAACCAUCAUCACACAUGUUAGAAGUGUAUUUUGUCAUCUCAGAGAAGACAUAUUUAUUGUAUCUAAAAAUGUAAAACGAUUAUGUAUGACAGAUUUGUUAUAUUUUGUAAUUGGAUGUACAAUUUUAUUUUGUUUAUGCCAAAAUUGACCAGUAUUUUUUUCUAUUUAACUAAAAACAGCUAUGAUGCAAGAAGUAUUAGUAUACACAAUUUGUUUUUGUUUGAAUACCCUACAGUAAAAAAACAUUCUUGUUUUUUGGUAUAUGAAAAAGUUCACCCGUCUUUCAUAAAUGUUAGCCCUAAUGAAGCAGGUGACCAUGACCAUGUUAGCCCUAAUGAAGCAGGUGACCAUGACCAUGUUAGCCCUAAUGAAGCAGGUGACCAUGACCAUGUUAGCCCUAAUGAAGCAGGUGACCAUGACCAUGUUUGACACCAUUACUCAAACAUUUUCUUGCUAUUCUAGAUACCUAAGUUAUGUAUACAAUUGAAGAUGCUCCACAAUACCUUCUGCAAGUCUAAUUUUCAACAGAAUGCAAUUCUUGUUACUUCUUAAAUUUUAAUGUUUUGCUUAUAUAUUGAAUGUGUUGAAUGUAUCUGUUAUCAUGUUUUGUUCAGUACUGUGAUAUAUAUCAUGAUUGUAUAUUGAUGAGAAAUACAUUUUUAUAAAAACACUACAUGUACCGUAGUUUCAUCAUCUGUCAUCAACAUUUUGCUUGUCAACAGUCCAAAGGCCACUUUUCAACCCAUUUUGAUGAAAUUUGGUCAGUUCAAGUAUUUGUGUAUCUAUAAAAAGAGAUGUUGGAUCAAACAGUUGGUCACUAGGCAAAUGAUAAAACUAAUUCCGCAAAUAUCCUGUUUGGAACGCCCUCCUUGUGAAAUGGAAAAAAAUAGCAAUUAUUACUUAUGAGUAGAAAUGAUGUAACUUGAGCGAAAUAUUAUACUUUUGAACUUUUGGUAAUGAUUGUAUAAGAAAAGCACAGCGCUAACAGGACAGCCUGAUCGGAUUGUUGAUCAUAUUCAGUCAAAAAAAUAUGUCAAGUUUUGUGAAGAUAUGAAAUUAUCAAGUUUAAGGGAGUGGACAAAUUAAAUAAGGUCAAAGUUUGACUAAGGGCUAUGACUUUUAAAAAGACUUUUAGAAUUUUUUAAUGGACAUCUUUCAGUUCUGUUCUUUUUGCAUUUAUUAAAGAGCCAAUGCUCUUGUGGUACUGACCAGAUCCAGGUCAAUCUUGCGCAUGCAUCACCACAUGAUUGUUCUACACCCCUUACAUAAGAUUCACUGAUUUCUCUCCUUAAGUACAAUAAUGAUAGCUCAGGAAGGACAUAUUUUAAGCUUGAAGCAAAUUUAAAAAUGGGAUGUGCACCACCGCACUAGGGUUUUGAUGCGCAUUUAAUGAGCCUUAAUGGGGCACUUGCAGGGGUCAAUGUCAAAUUCAUA